AUGGCGCAUCUACGGACAGGACUGCUGAUCGCCGCUUUUACGGUCAGUGCAUUGUGGGGUCCUGCUCUUUCAAUCACUCGCUACUCUAUUCCAGAGGAGAUGGAAGAGGGUUCCUUUGUUGCAAACCUCGCCACCGAUUUGGGUCUAGAUGUUCGAAGCAUGGUGGAACGGAAAGCAAAGCUGGAUGUCAUUCACAGCAAAAAUUACCUUGACAUUAACAAAGAAACGGGAGAGCUCAUCAUCCGAGAGAAGAUUGACAGGGAAAGCAUCUGCAUGACUAAAACAGGUUCGUGCUUUCUAAAAAUGGAUGUCAUAUUAGAAAAUCCCAUUCGUAUUUUUAACAUUGAGCUGGAAAUCAUGGACAUUAAUGACAACGCGCCCGUGUUCCGGAGGAAGACCAUUUAUUUGGACGUUUCCGAGGCAACCCCUCCGGGUGAGAGGUUCUCAUUAACAAACGCUGUAGAUGCAGAUGUCGGCGCCAAUACGAUCAAGACGUACUACCUAAGCGAGAGUAAAUAUUUUAGCAUUGACAUUCAAACUGGCAGCGAUGGCUCAAAAUACGUGGACUUGGUUCUUAACGGCAAUUUGGACCGGGAGACAGAUGCGAUCCAUAAUCUGAUUUUAACUGCUGUGGACGGCGGGGUACCUCCUAGAUCCGGCACCGCCAGCAUUAUCAUCAAUGUCCUCGACAUCAAUGACAACGCCCCCCUGUUCAGUCAACCCGUCUUUGAAGUCACCGUUCCAGAGAAUUCAGGUGCAGGGACUGUUGUCAUGACCUUAAAUGCAACAGAUUUGGAUGAAGGCACAAAUGCACAGUUAUUAUAUUCUUAUACGCUUUACACUUCCGAGAAGACGCAGGAGCUCUUCACGCUCGACAGAAAUUCAGGCGAGAUCAAAGUUAAGGGGGCUAUUGAUUUUGAGGAGAAUCAAAAUUUCGAGAUGCACAUCCAGGCUCAGGACGAAGGCACGACGCCAUUGUUAGGACACUGCAAAGUAAUGGUGUCUGUCACGGAUUUGAAUGACAACUACCCUGAGCUGACCAUCAAAUCUCUGAAAAGUGCAGUUGCCGAAAAUACCGCCGUGGGGACGCUGAUUGCUGUGGUCAGCGUUGGUGACAGGGACUCUGGAGUCAACGGGGAAGUGGAGCUGAAUUUAAGUCAGCAGGAAAACCUACCCUUCAUCCUCAAUCAAUCCUCAGAGGGUUACUUGAAGCUUUUGGUUUCAAAGCCGCUGGACAGAGAGGUGAAGAGCAAAUAUGAAAUAACACUGAAUGUGGCAGACAAAGGGACGCCGCCGUUGACUGAAAGCGAGACCUUCACUUUAGAGAUUCAUGAUAUCAAUGACAAUGCUCCCACUUUCCCUCAGUCCUUUUACACCAUUCAUGUUAUGGAGAAUAAUCUGCCGGGAGCGUUACUGACAUCUCUUAGUGCGUUUGACCCAGAUUUGAAUGAGAACCAAUACUUAGUCUAUUUCAUCAUGGAGAAAGAUAUCGCAAACACGUCCAUGUCGAUGCUUUUUUCCAUCAAUCCGGAAAAUGGUGACCUAUACGCCUUGAAGACCUUUGAUUUUGAGCGAGAGAGGGAGUACCUUUUCCAUAUUGAGGCAAGGGAUUCCGGUGUCCCCCCGCUGAGUAGCAACGUUACGGUUCAUAUUAUCAUUAUGGACCAAAAUGACAACACCCCUGUCAUAGUAUCACCGUGGCGGGCCCAAGGUUCCGUCAUAGAGCAGGUGAUCCCACGGUCUACAGAUAAAGGCCAUUUAGUGGCCAAAGUGAUUGCCAUCGAUGCGGACUCUGAGCAGAACGGCAGGGUCACAUAUCAACUCCUGCAAAUCAGCGACACCAGCCUCUUCAGCCUCGAUCAAUACAACGGCGAGAUCCGGACGACCAGAAUGUUCAGCUACAGGGACCCUCGCCAUCAACGUCUCGUCAUAGUCGCAAAAGACAACGGUAACCCGGCUCUCUCCACCACCGUCACCAUUAAGAUAUCCACCGUGGAGCACUCCAUGGCAUUUUCCGAAACCACAGAGUUGCCGCUAGAGUACGAUGUCUUCACAGACCUGAACUUGUAUUUAGUCAUUGGUUUAGGGGCUGUUUCCUUCCUGCUGCUUAUUACCAUUUUGGUAAUCAUUGUGCUAAAGUGUCAAAAACCCAAGCCGAAGGCCAUAAAGAUUCCCCCGCCCAAUCGGAACAGCGUGAUCAGCAGGAAUAGCGUGAUCAGCCAGAGGAGUUCCACUAUCGCAGACUCCACCUUGAUCUCCAGCGAUGCCUACUGGUACAGUCUGUUUCUCGCAGAGACCAGGAAAGGCAAAGUGGUUGUGAGACAGCCCAUAAUACCCAAAGGAGCCGGCUACUUUGUCUCCAGUAUACCCAGGAGCAUAGGGCCGAGUGAGACCACUGAGUCCAGAGCAUCCACACUAGAGGUAUGUAGAAAGACAGAAUUUUACAGUCAAAUGUCACAUAAUCAUCUACAACAGUGGUGUCAAACUGGGGGCUGGGGGCUGGGGGCUGGGGGCCAGGUGCCGCCUGACGCAUUGUUUUGUGUGGCCCGCACAAAGCGGAAAUACAUCAAAGGGAGCAGACAGAAAGCCCUACUCUUCAAGGACAAGUUGUAUCACACAGGGAGUCUCGCCAAUUAG